UUUAGUAAUCAUGAUGUGUUUGUGUUCAGAUGUUGAGCAUGAAAGCGCAGGUGGAUGUGAUCUGCUGUAAAUCAGUGGGAACUGAUCUGUCCAUGCUGGAUAUUGAGGAUUUCAUCACAGAAAUCUGAAGAAAGAGGAGACAAACUGAACAGAGAGAAGAAACCACUGCUGAGGAACAACAGAGUGAUGAGGAAGAGGAUUUAAUUUCUUCAGCAGAUUUCAUCCAGAACUUCAGCGCGUCCUACAGUCCUUUACACAGACAUCUGGUGGGACACAAGCAACAGCAGCAAACACAGUCCCUCAUACAGGAAGUGACCUCAGACAGCUUCCUGCACACCGUCAUGGACUCACAGAGGGACGUGCUGCUGUUGUAUUAUUCGGCCUGGUGUGGUUUCUGCUCGGUUCUCAAUCACGUGUUUCUUCAGCUGGCCCGUCUGUUCCAGGGAAACGGCGCCCUCACGGUGGCCAGAGUGAAUGUUGGCCGUAAUGAUCUGCCCUGGGAGUUUAUGGUGGAUCAUCACUUUGUAAAGAAGAGUGGCAACUUGGGUUCACUUCAACCGGUUUCUUGUGUUUUACUAAGAAAUGUCAUGAUAUUUUCAUUAACUUCUCCUACAUGUGGUGUUCUGUAAAAUAGAUGAUGUAAGCUGUGUGAUUUAUGUAUCUCAUACAAUCCAUUCCUUCAUAUACAGUCUUUCUAUUCAUGUUAUUCCUGUUUGAUUUAAAAGUGUCUAUGAUCACAAAGCC